GUACAUAUAUGGAAUGUUCCUUGAAGAGUAUAAUAUACUCGAGUGAGUCGGUCGAUACGUCAGUCUAUCAAGGUCACAUUAUAAAGAAUCACGACAGCCAACCAAACAGCUCAGUCAGUCAGCCAGUCUCGCUAUCUCACCCACCCCACCCAUUCACUACUUCACCACUCACGCAAUUCCCCGACGCAUCCAUCCAUCACAGGGCCUUCUCCCUGUCCGCGGCCGCCAUCUCCAGCCGGUCAAGAGCCGCCUUGGCCCUCAACUCACGAUCUGCAGCACCAUCCACCCUGUCCUUCGUCUCCUUCUCUGCGCCACCCUUAUCCCCUCCCUCCCCACUGCUGCUGCCGCCCCCGCCCAGCCAAGCCCCGGCAGCGGACCACAGCAACGGCCUCUUCUGCUCCUUGUUGGUGCUGGCGGGCUCGCUACCGCCUCCCAACCGAAAGCCUUCGCCCUGGAACAGGGGCUGGCUCGGCUGAGAGGCGGCGGAUGCGGCCUCGGCCGCCGAUUUGUUCCUCUGCUGCCGGUCGAACUCGGGAGGCAGGAGGCAGGAGCAGAACUGACCCCACCAUGCCAACCUGCACACGCAGCGGACACCGACACACGACACACGAAACACAGAGAAAUGAUUGGUCAAGUGCCGGCGUGUGAGGUUGUGUGUGUGGGGUGCGGACCUGUUGAUGGAGGCGGGUAUGCCUCUCUUGAGGACGGCCUUGCUGAGCGCGUCGCUGAAGUGGUUGCAGUUGCGGCGGAUGAGGUCGUACUCGUCGGAUUUGAACUCCAGCCGAAGCUGGUCUAUCUUGGAUGUGAUCUCGGAGCGCGACAAUGUGGUCUCCCCCAGCAUCAUGGAACCCCGGAACCGGCCGUCAGGCGCUGUCUUGGGCACACACUCAUACACGCCUGCAGGCAGGUGCCAAUGAACGGGCAAACCGACCAUCAGUGGCCGUCCGCACACUGAGGAAGCGGGCUCUUGCUCAGCGUGGCGUUGCCAGUGCGCUGUCGCUAGGUACCUGCUCCGUCGCCGAAAGAAUACUCGAUCCCCUCGAUCUCCACUCCUGUGUGGUAGAGGCCGCAGCAGGGGUUCUCCUGCGGCACCAGGUCAUACACUGCACAACAAACACCACCAGCCUCCGAAACGUCGUGAUGCUCCUCGCACCUGCUUUCUCUGUGUGCGUCCUACCAUUGAGCUUCAGGACUAUCGGUGAUCCUUGACGAGGCAUUAUGCUGCUCCUUACGUGUCAGAUGACGUCGAUUUGUCGUUAUCUCUUCUCUCCAUGCUUAUUCUAUCUGGG